AUGCACUCCAGCACCCUCGCCACCCCGGACCCUGAGGCCCAGCGGUCGCCAGCGCCCCCGGGUCGCGUCUGCAACCCGCUGCCCUGGGCUCUGAGCGCCGCGCUGCUGCUGCUUGCCGCUGCCUGCGCCACCUGCGUGGUGCGGGUCUGGGGCAUCCCCGGGACUCCUGCCUCGCCGGUUUCCAGUCCCGCGCCCAGCUCGAUUCUCCCCGUGGGACUGGAGCAGACUUCCGACCCCCACGCCAGCCUCCCCAACUCUCCGCAGCAGGGCGUGUUCGCGCAGCUGGUGGUGGCCGAUGGAGCACGACUGACCGAAGGGCCGGUGCAGUGGCGUAGCGAGCCGGGGUUGACAGGUGUGACUCUGGCGCCAGGCAUGCGCUACGACAAGCGCACCCAAGAGCUGGUGGUCCCCGAGGCCGGAGUCUACUAUAUUUUCUUGCACUUGACUCUGAAGCGCGUGAUGGCCGGCAGCCCCAACAGCUCCGACUCUGUCUCCGUGGCCCUGGACCUGCAGCCUCACCAAGCCGGGGCCGCCCUAACCCUCACCUUGGACUUGCCAGCCCCACCCUCGGGGAACUCAGCAGCUGGUUUCCGGAGCAGCUUGCUGCACCUGGAUGCGGGGCAGCGCUUGAGCGUCCACCUGCGCCCCACGAUCCAGGAGCCUCUCUCCUGGCAGCUCUCAGCCGAAUCCACGGUCUGGGGCCUCUUCCGCGUGGCCGCCCAAGUUCCCAGUGGACUCCCCUUGUCAAAGCUCACGUGA